CCCAGCCAAGGUGAGGAAACUCAUUACUUUCCAUAAAAGGUAAGUAAAGCAAUUAGUUACUUUUUUAGGGAGUAAUGCAAUAUUGUAAUGCAUUACUUUUAAAAGUUACUCAACACUGAUAAAUACUAAUGAAUUCAUUAUUUGGUUAUAUUUUUAUACAUCCAUGAUUCUAUAAUCUACCAAUUUUCCAUAAAAAUAGGGACCUAAUAUUAGCUGGGGGCUAGUAGGGACCUAAAACAGGGACAUAAAAAAUAGCCGGGGGCUCGUCCGGGAUAUUGCCAAAAAACACGGGACUGAGAAAUCAUCCUCCAUCACAGGUAAGUUGUUUUUAAUGAUUUCCUGUGGUGGUAGGAAUGAUUGAUCUCAUAAUAGGUAGUGUUAUCCUUGGAUGGAGCUCUGAGAGAGUUAGUGCAGGAAGAUUUGUCUGUAAGGGUACUGUUUAAACACACAGCUACCUGACAAAUACUUUGGUUAUCCCUAAUAAUAAUAAUAAGGACCAAAUAAUGGAUUAAAUAACUUAAAAAAUAAAUAAUUCUUUCAUGAAUUAUUUUGCAUUUUCGUUAACGUGUGAUGGGUCGAUUAAUCCUGGAUCAAAAAAUGAAGUCAUUGAUCACUUAAAUCAAGUGGUACUUUAUUUUAUUUUAUUUUGUUUAUCUUUUAAGUGGUAUUCAUUAUAUGAAUUCAUUAUGACAGAGAGCCGGUGAUGACGAGGGUGAUUUGGUAUCUCAGAGCAGGGAGGGGGUUGGCAGCCGUAUGGAUAUAAAUGCAGCCGCAACUAACAGAAAAGACCUCAGAUUUCAGCAGAACCUCCUGCGAGCUGGACAGACUAUACUGACGGAAAAAAUAUCUUAUCUGAGAAACAUUUUUCUUUUCUAUUUUUAAGCUCAUUGUCAGUGUUUUAAACAAUUCUAAUACUUGUAAUUACACAUUUUUGGUCCUUAUGGAGAUCUGGAAACUCUCAGCUUUAAUGCUCACCAUACUUGCUCUUGCCUACAGUGUUCAAGGAUUGUCUUUCACCCUAAACAGAGACCACUGGAUUUCAGAUAACUGGGAGGAUGAACCAGUGGACGAGACACUAGCCAGUCAAGUGGCCAGUCUACUUAAGAGAUCAAAAUCUCAUCAGUUCUAUGGGCUAAUGGGAAAACGCUCCGGAGUCCUCCAGCCUGUGAAAAUGGAACGAAGAAGGCAUAAGGGGGACAUGUUUGUGGGACUCAUGGGCAAGAGAUCUUUAGGAGGUGCUGUCACAAGAACAAUCCCAGAAACCAGUACAGCAAUGGACAAAUCUGCAGAUGUGAACAAACAAACAGCAGAUCUUCAAGAGGAAUGGGACAGACUGCAGUACUACUGAUGACAUUUUCCAAUGCUGUAUUACAGACUUCACUAGCCUCGAUGUAUCAGAAUACAAUUAUUUCACUCUUCACUGGAACCAACAUUAUACCUAAGGAG